GCGUGAGACGACGGUCAUGGCUGAUGAGGCCGGUGAGGACUGUGGACAGGCGAUAGCGGGCUCGGUCCAACAUAACGGUGGUGGGGGUUCUCCUUACUGCUACCUUGGGGCUGCGGCUCUCUGCAAGGCGACUGACAGACAACAGUAAUCAACAAACACAGCCAGAAUGAGAGGAAGAGCUUUCACUGGAUUCAGUCCUCCAUCCACUGUGCUCAGUCUUUCUGUCGCUCUGUGUCUGACUGACUAAAGCUUCGCUGGAUAAAGACUUAAUUGGCUCUGAACAGACAGCCAGAACAAUAAACAACCAGAAUAAAUACAAAUGUAGUCAUGCUGUGAAGAGAAUGGGAGAGAAGAUGAGCUGAGAACAGUACCCUUGUGGACAUAAAAACUGGACAUAUUUUGACUUUUAUUUUCAUGUUUUUCUUCAAACUCUGGUUGGAAUAUUUCGCAAAGUAGGAAUCCAUCUCUAAAUUUUAUUUGAACAUUAUUAUUUACAUUUUUUUUUAUGUCACGGAACUUCUGACAGAAUUUUUUUUUUUUUUUUUUCAGCAGUGACACACUUUGAUCACAAGGCUGUCCUGACUUGUCAUUAAAACAGAAGAAAUAUGCUUCAGCAUUUUACCAGAAAAGGAAAAACAAACAUUUAGGCUUGACAUUUCUCCAUUUUUUUCUCCAUGGCUUUGUUAAAGCCAGCUGCCAUGCAUUUUGCACAUUCUGAAAGAAUUUCUUUUCAGAAUUAGUAAAAUUUAAGAAUUCACAAUUCACUCUUCAAACUUCAGACGUGCCUCCCACCAACCCCUCCCACAGUCAUCCAUCCGACCAAUCAUGGGCAAGCCUCUUAGCCGUCCCGGGUGUUUCAGGAAGAGCUCCUGCUGCCUGGAGAAACAUGGAGCUCUGGAUGGGGGAGUGGGAGGGCGAGCUGGGGGAGUGGAAGGGGGAUAUGGAGAUGGCUACAUACCCCAAAGAUCCAUCUAUGAUACCAUGUGCAUCAAUCAACAGAUUGACAGCCAUCACCAUCACCCCGGAGGGUCAAUAAGGAGGGUCUGUGGCGAUGAGGGGAGUUUUAGCUACUCAGCAAGUGGCUCCCUGAGGGUUAGCAGGUCUCCGGCUGAUAUGUUUGAUCAGCAGCCCCGCUCUUUGACUCCGAACCCCUCAUUUGUGCGGCGACUAGACGAAAGAGCUAUUUAUGAUUCACUGAAGCUUGGAGGUCAGGAUGCUGAUGGGGAUGGCUGUCAUUCUCCAGGACGUUUCACCCGCUCAGUUUCUCCCUCUGUGUCCUCAUUCUCAGCACCAGGAGUAUCCUCGGCAUCCAAGAAACACCACCAUCAUCACCAUCAUCACCAUGGAGACAGCACAAAGAGUAGAGAUAGUCGACAUUCCUGGAAAGUUUUGACACCUCCCAAACAUCUGGAGAGUCUGGAGCUUACUACAACUGAAAUGAUAGACAGAGGAGGUGGAUACCUGAACCCAGGUCAUUACCCUCCCCCUGGAGGCCAGUCCUCCUCUCUUACCUCCCCACUCAUUUCCCCCUUCUCUGGUUCACCUCUCUCUUCGGGUUACCAUACGCCAGUCUUUUUCUCCCCUGCCAAACCUCGCCCCAGUCAGACUCAGAGUUUGCGCUGUUCUCCUCCCCAGGUCAUUCAGCCAAGACAUUACUCCCAAACCCAGAGCCUCAGGCUGUCACCACCACACGAGCUUAGACGAUCCCCUUACCGUGCCCCACUGGUCCAACUGUCUGCUCAUGACCUGGAGCAUGACCUGAGGGAUCGAGGAGGAGGAUGGGGGCGGAGUGAGCGAGAAAGAGAGUGGGAGAGGGAGAGGGAAAGGGAGAUGGAGAGAGGGUGGGCCCAGCGAGAAUGGGAAAGAGAGAGGGAGAGGGGGAGGCUAGAGAGGGAGAGGGCAAGAGAAAGAGAGAGGAGGGAAACAUCAACUUUUGGAACCUUUGGGUAUGGUCGUCCAGUUCCUCUACGCUCAGACAGAGACUCUGUGUUUUUAGAGCCUGAUCAGGUUCUAGACACAACACCCCUGUUGCUCCCCCAGCCUUCACCUUCACCCUCCCCUAGUGCUGCCCCCAGAAUGGGCACUAGUGCUGUAGGUAGGAAUAGAGCUGGGUCAAAGGUUGGCCCUGAAAGUUUAGGUGGGAGUAUGGUUUCAAAGUUCGACAAUGGGAGUGUGGGUUUGGUGUUAGUUGACAGCAAAUCUGGGUGUGGUCCAAGAUUAGUAAGUGAAGUAGGAGCUGGACACAUGUCAGAGGUUGAAGUCAGGACAGGAAUACAAGAACACCAUAGAGCAGAAAGUUGGAACAAGUAUGACAAUGGAUCUAGAGCUAGCAUUAAAAAUGCUGGAUCUGAAACAAGAAUGGGCUCUCAGGUGAAAACAAGACCAGGGGGACGGGAUUUGGAAGGAAGAGUGCAGUCUGGGGUGGGAAAUAUGCCUCCAGCUGCGAACAAAGAGGGACACAGGGGAGGGACAAGGAGUGGGGAAAAAACUGGAAGGGUUGUGGCUAAACCGGAAUGCAUUGCUGAGGCUAUAUCUACAACUGUAAUGGACACUGAGGAUAUAGUAGGGCCUGGAGAUAAAGUUGAAACUGGAACUGGAUCUGUUCCAGAAAUGAAGCCAGAGAUUAAGGCAGGGAUUGAGGCUAAAGCUAGUUUGCGACAGGCAGAGAACAGGCCUGGAAAAGAAGCUGGACUGAUAGCUAACAUUAAUAAUGAGGUUGGUUCGGUGGCAGAGUUCAAAGUAGAAGCUAAAGUUGAGACAGAAGUUAAGAUUGCUACUACUUCUGAGCCCGAAGCAAUAUUAGAAGCUGGGAUUAGCAAUGAAACAGGGACUAAGUGUAACACUGAGAGUGGAGUUGUGAGUGAAAGCCAGAACAACAACAAGACAACGGAUAAAGCUCAGAUAGAUAUUGUGGCUGGGGAUGAAAGCGAUACUGCCCCUUCAGAUAAAGCUGAGAAAAAGACCUUGGAUAAUGAUAGAAUUGAAUCUAGUCGUGUAGAGAAAAGUUCCAAAUCCCAGAAGUCCAAAUCAUCCAAAUCCAGCUCUAGGACUCGACCUGGCACAGCCACAGGGCUUCGCCCAGGUGCGGUCAGUCCUCGACUGAGCAGAGGCCUUGGAGACCUUGAGUCAACAGGCCCCACUGAGGGCAUCGAGUCCACCUGGCCUCGUCGAAUCAUUGUCAGAAAACGGACUGUUCGACAGGGUGGGGCACUCCACAAUCUCCCCAUUCUUCCCCCACUCCCCUCUGUCCUCACAGCACUGGAGAAGAGGCGCCCUCAUGCCCACCUCCUUCCUCGUCCAGGCCACCUUUCGGAGAACCCGCUAACAAACAUAAUGAAUGCUACAAGUAUAGUGGGUCGAUGCUCACUUAAAGAGCCCUCUCAUGCAGAUCCAGGACAGGUAGGCAGUUUGGUGGGAAGGGCGUCUCUGAAGGAACAGAACCUGGAACACUGGAGGAUAUGCAGAGAGCAGGAAGAACACAGGAGAUCCAGGAGCAAGGAGAAACAAGGACAGCAGAAUAAGAAGAAGACUGAGAGGGAGGAGAGGAAGGGGAAGGAAGAGAAAGACAAAACUGUGGAGAAAUUGGGUAAGGAGAAAGAGAGAGUUACUGUUAUUGAGGGGCUGGUGGAGGAAACCAAACAAGAAAGGUCAGAGAGAAGGGUUGAAGAGAAAAUGGAAGAAGAUGAAAACAAGAAGGAAGAUGUGAAAAAGGAAAAGGAUUUAGAAAUUAAAUGUGAAAAGGUAGAAGAGAGAGGAAUGAAGAUCAAGGAUGGAAUCCAAGAGCAACAUGGACAACAGUUGGGGGAUGUGGUUGCUAAAUUAAAGACAGGAGAAGGUGAGGUGGAGGGAGAAGGAGGAACAUUUGGAGACGAAGGGGGAAUGGAGAGUUGGGAUGCUGUGCUUGAGAUGGUCACCACAUUGUGGGAUGAUGGCUGGGAGAAAGGGGGAGCGGGAGGAGGAGGUGAUACAGAUUCCCUUUCAGGCUCCUUGCAGCGUUGGCCUCUUCUCCGGCCCCCUAUUGGCUUUGGUGGCUCCCAUCCCCCAUCCUCAGCAGCCUCAGAGCUCAGCCUAACAGAGUUAGAAAGGAGAGCCAGGGAGCUGGACUCCGACCUGGAGCAUCUAGACCUGUCUCAGCCACACAGGGACCCACAGGAUUUAUGCCAAACUCUGCUGGAGCCGCAGAGGGAACGAGCUGAUAUGUACCAAACACACCCUGGGCCACAGAGAGAGAAAGCUGCUCUCUUGACAGGAAUGGGGAGCAGAUCCCAGGUCAGUUUGGAGCUAAGUGCUAUGCCUUCACCAGAUACAGACACAGGCAGAACUCCUGUUGACUGGUCAACCAAAUCUGCUGGGACUUCCACUGUUGGCGCAAGCUCCACUAAGGAGGACAGCUCUCCAGACUCCAACCUUACAUUGGAGUCAGACUCUAGUGGCGUCUUCCUCUCCUUAUCCAAUCAAAGCCAGGAGGAGGCUGGUUCUGACAGCGACCAGCCAAUCAGUGGCUCUGACCUAGGCAGCAGCAGCACAUCACUGGAGAAAGACGGGGAUGACGGAGGGUUAAAGGAAUGGGGGAGAGAAGAGAGUGCAGAGCUACAGUGGUGUUACCCAUCUCUCCUCAACACCUCCAUGCAUGAAGACAUGGAUGGAGAUGGCGAAAAAGAGGAAGCAGGUUGUGGAAAUAUAAGGGGUGAUGAUGAGAAUGGAAGAAGAGUUGAUAAUAUAGGGAGGAUUUCAAUCAUUAAGACCCCACUCGACCACACAAACUUUGGGGAUCCCAUGACUCUGAAUGACCCACAAAGUGAAGAAAUACCACCCAGGAAAAAAGUGACCCUCAUGGGAAGUGACUCCCCUCUUCCUCUGUCUCCCUCCAAACAACCAAUCAAACACCUUCCAGACCCUAAUCAGAAGCCCAUCAGAAGCUUGGGACUGGACUGUGGUGACUUAGAUCCCUUUGUACAGUCAGACAGCUUUGUUUACCUUGCCGUGUCAGCAAGACCUGCAUCCCAGGGUGAAGUCACCACAGCGACAGAGGUUCCCAUCCAUGAUACAAAACAUGAGGGUGUACACCAACAUUUGGAAAGCAUGAAAGCAGACUUGGACAAGUCAAAUACACUACGGGACAUCAAACUGACCCACCUUCCCCCACAAAAACCAGAAGAGGGAGACUUUCUGUGCACGGACAGCUUUGUCUACCUGGCUGCUCCAGCAUGCCUCCUACUGGGCCCUGCAGGAACCACACCCUAUGGCGGCAGAACUUUAUUUGAGCUACAGGUGAAGAAAAUGGAUGUGAAAGUAGGUGUCCUCUGGAAACAAGGAGAAAAAGAAGUGACCUUGAGGGGCACAAAGGCGGACUCAGACUCAGAGAGUUCAGGAUCUGGCCCCGUUGAUCUGUCAGUACUGGGUUGUGGCUCAGUAGCAGGGGACAGCGACUGGGACUCAGACCUGUCUGACUCCGAUCCCAGUCGCUCCUCCAGAAUCUCUGCGGCUGGUAAUAAAUCUUCUGGCAUAGCACGGCCCAAGCGGCUCCCUCCUGAACUGGGCUGGGACCUAUUCGGAGAAACCACUGAGCCUGAAGUGCUGAGUGAGCUCUUCAGAGAACAGGACAGAAGCAACAAUGGCAAUACAAGGAAGGUUAGCGGGGUUACUACCAGCAUGGGAGCAGCACAAGCCAUUCCCAUGGCAACUAAGCCUGUCACUACUCCAGCGAAGCCAGCGACAACAGUAGAGCAGACGUCAACAACAAAAAAGGUGACAUGGCAGUUUAAACCAGCCCAGAGAUCAGUCUGUACAGGAAGCAGAAAGGAGAAAGAUAAGGAAGUGACGUCAUCAUCAUCACUGGUAAGAUUCACAGAACUGGGAGGAGGUGAGACCCAUAGACCCUCCUCUUCAUCCUCAUCGUCUUCAUCAUCGUCACCGUCGUCGUCCUCAUCUGGCUGAUUUGUGAAGGAAAUGGUUUUGUUUGGCCAUUUGAAAGAAGCUUUCAUUGCCUCGAUCUGAGCCGGCUACAGAAAGAAAGAAAGGAAGGAUCUUCUGUAGACACUGAUGGCUGCAACAACUACAGCUUAUAUUUGCCUGUAAAUUUUGAAUCUUGCAUCAAGCUGCUGUCAUUGCCUUCUUAUGAUCUUGUAAAGGAUGCAUAAAAGACUAGUUAAUUGUUGCAUUUUCUUCGAACAACAUACACAAAACCAUAUAUUAUCAGUUUAAGUUUGACAAAGUGUGAGACUCAGGCUAAAACAGAAACCUUCAGGUUGAGAUUUUGUGGAAAUACGGCCACUAAUUGAGCACUUAGGUAAAUUAUGCAGUGUCAAUCCUAAAGGGUUUUUAUCAAUUUUGAAACACAGGGUUGAUUUAUAAAGUACACGGUCACAUUAUUAUCUAUUCUAUAUCUAAAUAAUAAAUAUUAUUCUAUGUUGUUUUUUUUUUUAAAUUCUAUUGAAUGUACUGUACAGGUAUAUACAACAUCAAAGAAAAUUCUUCCUCAAACAGAAUUCACAUAUCAGAUAUUCUCAGUCAUUUGGCUUAGUCACCUUCAUUUAAACGUUAUUACAACAGUGGAAUCCAGUUACAAUAACACAUGAAAAUGAUUAGAGUUGGAGAAAAGAAUUUGUGUUAAUCUCCGACAUUUUACUAACAAUUUAUGAAGAUCUAACAUUGUAAAUGUGUCUCAGGCCUUACUUUAAAUUACACCUCUGUUCCCAUAUAAUGCUUCAUUCUAGUACCUUCUCUUAUUACUUCCUAUGUGUAGGCCUACUUUAAAAACUGACUUUUAGAAAUGGAUUAAGGUUAAACUUUACAGUGUAUUUUGUAUUCACAUCCAACUUUACAGUAUAUUUAACAGUGUGUCAACAAUAUAUUUUGAACAUUGAGAUAAUUAUAGAGCAAAAUAUAUAUACACACACAUACACACACAAAUAUAUAUAUAUAUAUAUAUAU